AUUUCACUAAAGUGCGAAGCCCGGUGAAGAACGUCUGACACGAUCGUCGUAUCAUACGCGUCGCUUCCUCAAUUUUAUCGGCGAAUUAGGUAUGAAUUGACGCGUCGUGCGACGCUGGUAAAAUUCUCACCGUACGCGGCUCGAUUACGCCGCGAUUUCGACCUGCGUUCUCGCAUCAGCGAGUGCACUAGGUAGAAAUGGAAUUUGGAGCAGGCGAUGUUGCCCAGAUAUCGGCAGAACUUGCAGGCGUGGUUGAAGUAAUGAUGUCACCUAAUAUACCUCAAGAACAGCGUUUGGAAGUAUACAAUGCCUGUGAAAGAUUUAAAGAAUCCUCACCUCUAUGUGCUCAGUGUGGUUUGUAUCUGGCACAAAAGUCCCCCAACAGGAGCUCGGUAGUUCGUCAUUUUGGAUUGCAGCUGAUGGAGCAUUGUGUAAAAUACAGAUGGACACAGAUUUCACAAUCAGAAAAGAUUUUUAUCAAAGAAAAUGCCAUGAAAUUGCUUCAGGAAGGCACUGAGCCACUAUUACAAGAAGAAGCACACAUAAAAGACGCCUUGUCGCGUGUAGUAGUGGAGAUGAUAAAACGGGAAUGGCCUCAGCAAUGGCCCACACUAUUGGCUGAGCUUAGUCAAGCUUGUACACGAGGAGAAAGCCAAACUGAGCUAGUUUUAUUAGUGUUCCUUAGACUAGUGGAAGAUGUGGCACUUCUACAGACACUCGAAUCCAAUCAAAGGAGAAAAGACAUAUAUCAGGCAUUAACUACAAACAUGGCAGAGAUCUUUAGCUUCUUUUUGAGACUAAUGGAGCAACAUUUUUCAGAAUUUCAGAAGAAAAGUGCCUUAGGACAAAUGUCCGAUGCUGCGGCACAUAGUAAAGUUGUACAGGUAGUACUGUCCACACUAACUGGAUUCGUUGAAUGGGUCUCUAUAAAUCAUGUAAUGGCUGAAGAUGGGAGACUGCUGCAGAUAUUGUGCCUCCUGUUGGGAAAUCCGAUAUUUCAGUGUUCCGCCGCCGAAUGUUUGUUACAAAUUGUAAACCGUAGGGGUAAAGCCGAAGAACGGAAACAACUGAUGAUCCUUUUCUCGGAGGAGGCUUUGAGGUGUAUUUACACAGCAGCUACUAGUCCACCGCCUCUCACCGCACCAACAACGAAUUUCCACGAAAAUCAUUACUUGUUCCUGAAGAAACUUACACAGGUACUGACUGGCAUGGCGACGCAACUUUGCGCUUUAUGGGGGAAAGAUGAUGCCUCUAGUAUACGGCCAACACACUUUAACCUUUUCUUAGACACCGUUUUAACAUUCACUAUGUACUCGAGUCUCACGCUCACGCAUUUAGCAAAUGCGAUCUGGAUAAUACUGUUCAAACACGAGCAGAUUAAGACUGACUCGCUGCUCUUAACAUAUGUACCAAAGUACGUGGAAAACACCGCGCCCAAACUGAUCAAAGUAGCGUAUCCGCACAACAGACAGAGCAAUGGGAUGACAGCGUACUGCCUCGCCGAUUACGACUCCGAAGAGGAGUUCAACGUGUUCCUCUAUCGCUUCAGAACGGAUCUACUGGAAGGACUUAGACACGCGACCAUGGUGGCGCCGUUAGUAACAUUUACAUAUGUGCAACAAUGGCUUACCUCGAAGAUAACCAAGGGUAUGGCAAACCUGCAGUACAAGAGCGAUCAGAACGAUCGCGAGUACCUCGAAUGGGAAGCCCUCUCGCAGGUUUUGGACUCCGUCGUGUCGAGAAUCUUGCUGAUCAACGAAAGACCGAGCGUACAAACUGGGCUGCAGCUGUUGGAGCUUUGUCUCGGCUAUUCGCCACAAGAUCCUUGCCUCCUGUCCACCCUGUUGUCUUGCAUAAGCGCUCUCUUCGUGUUCCUGUCAAUGUCUACCGGUUCAAUGGCCAUGCCGGGUAUUGCUAUUCUACCGCGCGUGCUGGAAAAGAUCUUCGCCGCUCUUGUGUUCGAGGCGCCCGGCGAGAGCAAAGGCAAUCGUUCAAAGGCGGCUAAAAGCGUCAGACGUCACGCGGGUAGUCUUCUAGUAAAGAUCAGCCUGAAAUAUCCGUUGCUGUUGUUGCCGAUAUUCGAGCAAAUGCACACGAUGGUGCGCGGUCUCACCAGGGAGCCCAGCCCGCUGUCCAAGAUGGAGAGCAUUAUGCUUUACGAGGCGCUGCUGCUAAUUACCAAUCAUUUCUGCGAUUAUGAGAGGCAAACUCGGUUCGUGGCGGAGAUCAUUGGCGAAGGUUUCAACAAGUUCAUCGCACUAGGUGCAGAAUGGUUCAAGGGGCCAUUGGAGCUGAUGCGAUUUGUCGGUCUAGACAGACCGCCGGUGGAAAACAUGUUGGAGGACCCAGCCGGGCGCAACCGUACCGAUCUCAUGAUCUAUAUCUGCACUGUGCUGAGCGUCGUCAAGAGAUGUUCCAUUCCGGAGGAUCCUGAUCGCGCUGCCAGAGGCGGCUUCGUGGCCGCACUCAGCGAAAGCGGCAAUCCGGUAUACAGAAAUCCAGUCACGCCCCACGUGAUCCCUGUGUUGCCGACGCUCUUUGCGCUGCUACGAACGAUGAACGCUCUCUUCAGUCCUGCCGCUUUAGCUGUUUUGUCGGAGGGCUAUAAGAACGCCUAUGGCCUUCUAGAAUCUGAGAAGGCACAUCUACUGGGUCUGAACGUGGCCAACGACAACACCAGUGAAACCGAGCAAUCUUCAAGCACUGCUCUGAUUCGAAUGCAAUCAUUCCUGAGCACGAUUCAUGAUCAGUGCUAUCAUAUGCUAGGUAGCGGCUGUCACAUGAUCGGCCGAGAUUUUUAUCAGUUACCUGGACUUGCACCAGCAUUGUUGAACUCGGUUUUCUCUAACCUGGAGGCUAUUCCAGACUACAGACUACGGCCGAUCAUACGUGUGUUCAUGAAGCCGUUCAUAUACUCGUGCCCGCCAGCUUUCUAUGAGAGCGUAUUAGUACCUAUACUGGCCCACGUAUCUACACACAUGUGUCAGAGAUUAAGCGCAAAGUGGCAAUAUAUCGCACGUCUCUACGAAUCCGGCAGUCUUGACGAGGAGAACACCGAUACGCAGGAAGUAAUUGACGAUAUGCUCAAUCGGAAUUUGACCAGAGAUUUUGUAGACCUGCUGAAAGUGGUUCUGGUCGGUGGUGCGGCUAGCGACGCUACCCCUCCGGAUACCAUGGAUCAGGAUAGUGAAGGAAUGGCGGUGGAUCCUCCGCUUUCGCGAGGAAACAGUAUCGUUGCUGAGGUCGUUAGCGAGUUAGGAGCCUUCGUUUUGCGUCACCCGUCCACGUGUCAUAGCGUUGUUCUAUGCGCAUUGGGUAUGCUCGCAUGGAACGAUUCGACCGCGAGUUUGAAGGCCACAAUGUUAGUCGGUCCCGUUGUUCGAGCUUUGGCAGCCGAUGGUAGCCUCACUCCCUCCAUGGCGUCGCAUAUCAUGGUAGCUGUUCUCCAAGGUCUGCAAUUGCACGGCCAGCAUGAGGCCAAUCAGGGCUCGCUCAUCACACUGGGCGCACAAGUCUACGAGUGUCUCAGACCUAAGUUCCCAAACAUCAUCGAGGUGAUGCAGCAGAUUCCGGGAGCCAAUCCCGCCGAUUUGCAACGAUUCGACGAGAAAAUGUCGGUGGUCAGCACGAAGGGCAACAAAGUCGAAAAAGGAAAGAAGGAUCUCUUUAAGAAAAUUACAAAUCAGCUUAUCGGCAGAAGUGUAGGUCAAUUGUUCCGCAAAGAAGUCAAAAUAGACAAUUUGCCGCGAAUCGAAGUGCUCGGCAAGACUCAACCAGUUCGCGUGGAUGAAAUCUCUAAGAAUGCUGCUGAUACGGGCAUAUCAGCUUUAUUCGCGGGGUCAACGUAGCAAAACGUUUUAGAGGGUUACAUUCUGCGUAGCUGGUCCAAUUCAAUAAAUAAUUAUAAAUUAUUGUAAAAAAAAUCUCUUCUCUCAGAAGUGGUUAUGUGCAGGGUAACAGAGUGAAUGAGAGAAAGGACUUUUGAGAUCGCAAAAUCACUGAAACACGUUUCUUUUGUACGAGAAAUCCUACGUGUUUUCAGCCCGAAUUAUAAAAAUAAUGAAUUAUACUUAAAAGCACUCGAAGUGUCGAAGUUUUGCAUUGAUACGCGCAACUGCAGAUUCUUCAUAUUGUUUCUCACACUUCGUAAAUGUUACGAAAAAUAUUCACUAUGACAAAAUGGAAAAGUAGAUUAGCGGCGUAAGCUGGCAGGAUCUCGACAGCGUGGAAAAUCGAGGCGAUACUUCGGCGAUUCUAGGACAUUUGACGUGUCCUCACUCAAUCAUUAGGUGCUUGAAGUUAAGUGACGUUUUUUUUUUACGGCGAAAAAUCUGCAACAAAAUAUCUGUAACAAAGCAUUUGUAACAAAAAAAACUUGUGGAAUAUUCUUCUGCACUUUCCUCAUUCUGAAAUCGAUGGUAAAUUUCAAACUGACGAAGAUGCAGCACGUGAUUUCAAUACAAGGCUGUAGAUAUUAUCUGUUUCUCUUUUAUUUAUUUUAAUUACGUUUUGUACAUCAUUAUAUGUUACGAAAAAUGAAAGAUUGCACAUGAAACAGAAAAUAUCGUGCAGUUUUAUUGGUUAAUUUGAGAGAGACCCAUUCGAUCUCUCAUAAAAUCUUUGCUUUACGUAGCAGAUGUUUUCUUCAAUGUAUUAUCAUCCCUUUUAACAUCAUCCGGGUUAAAAGUCCCCGAGAUAUUCAUGCACAUCACAUAACGUUGUCUCGUGCGACAGCUAUACAUAAAAACUCAAGAUUAUGAGAGAUAUGUACAAUGGGGCGCAGCGAAUUGUUGUGAUAAGGACUCGUAGUGACUAAAAUUUGAACACGUUGCGUCGUACCUUGUUGCUUUGUUUGUAUAAACAAAAAAUUUAAGGUAGAUUAUGCGCUCCA